ACAAGUGUCACACCUUCACCUGGCAGCCUGUUGGGAACAUCAGAAACAGACCAACAACUAAUAACCAAGGAAAAAAACACUGCUCAAGGUGUCCAAUCAAAGGAACUACCCAUUUUGUUUAUUUCUAAAUUAAAUUAUUCAACUGUUUGAAACCAAGAGAAGCUACAGGGAUGGACAGCAGACUGGUCCUUAGUGUCAUAUUUGUGACACUGGGUUUGGGAUUUAUGGGCACGUAUGCAGAGUCUAACAGCACAACAGAAAGCCCAACGACAAGAAACACCACGUUGACAAGCAACAACACUGUGACAGGCAACAACGCGGUGACAAGCAACAACGUGGUGACAAGCAACAACACGGUGACAAGCAACAACACGGUGACAGGCAGUACAACAAGCAACACCGUGGCAGCUACAACAGUUGCUCCCGCAGUGUCACCAAACAUUACAGUGGUAACGCUUGAGACACCUGUUUCUAACACUCAGUGUGGAAAGCAACAGCUCUGUGCAUCUGAGCCUGCUAACUGCAACCCCUCCAUACCAGGAUCCUGUUUCUUUAUUGGUGCACAGCAGAAGGGCGGUGCAAAUUUUGAAUUUGCGCUCGCUGGACAGUCGUCAGGUUACAUUGCGGCAUCUGUGUCAGCUAGCAGCACACAGGGACCUAAUGACCCAAACUACGUCUGUGCAAACAACAAUGGAGUUGUUAAGUUCUUUAGCACUGUCCUCGUCAAUGGUCAGCUUCAGGAGAGAAAUCUUUCAGUAAAUUCUGUGAAGGGAAGUGUCAACGGAAGCCAAAUCCAGUGCACAUUUCUUGCCACCGUCCCAGACCCACUACUACCCGCUACCAAAGCAGCAGCAGUCUCUCUCUCAGUCUCCACAGGGAGUUUCAACCCAACUACUGGUGCUUUGGGAGCUCCAACAUCUGUAAUAAGGACGGCUGUUGUAGACCUGACAAAUCCUAAUACCACCGUGACUAAUGUCAUAGGAAGCACUACGAUUCUCACUGUGACUGCUGGAAAUCUUUCAACACCAAUUUCCAGGACAGGAUGUGGUUCCUCGAAGCUCUGUGUAGCUGACCCCAUAGUGUGCGACCCUUCCACUGCAAACUCGUGUUUGUUUUUUUCUGCUAGCUCAAAGGGUAAUCAAACAUUCAACUUUGAGCUCUCAGGAGAGUCAACUGGCUAUGUUGCGGCUGCUCUGUCAACUUCUACUUCUACCUCUCAGAUCAAAACCUUUUUCAUCUGUGCCAAUUUAAAUGGAAGUGUCCUGUUCGCCAGUGGCUCCCCAAACAGCACCAACAACCAGCUGGAUUUUGUACGGUCCAAUGUAAGCUCUGUGAAUGGCAGCGUCGGUAACGGCAAAAUCCAGUGUGUAUUUCAGACCACAGUACCAGACACAGCUACUCGAGCAGCAGGUUACUCAGUCGCAGUUGCCACUGGAUCUUUCAACCCCAUUUCUCUAGUUGCUGGAAUUCCCAACCUCCGGAUAUUAACCAAUGUCUUAGACCUGACCAACCCAAGCGCCGUCGUUUUGAAUUUGCUUACCUCUACCAAUGUAACCAGCGGGCAUGCUGUCAUUCACCAGCAAUCACUACUACCAGCUCUGAUGUUCACCUUGGCUGUCCUGCUUUUCACCAUGCAAAGAGGAAAAUGAUUUUACACAUGUAUCAAACAAUGUAUAACUUCCCUAUCCAUACACAAAUGUUAAUGAAUAUGAAAAUUUAAAACUCUCAUGGUUAAUUACUCACACUACUUUACAGAUUCAUAGGAUCCAUUUUGUGCUGACUCACCACAGUUGAAAGCAGCUUUCUGACUGCUUUCAUCAGGGCUCAAGACAAACCAAAGACACAAUAAUGUUGAAAAGAGGAAUUGUAUGUCUAUGUUUUACCACAGGACUGCAGGAAUUCUGUUCUGUCACAACGUGUGCAAUCUUCUAAUGUCUUAAAAUGGAGCACAAAUAAGGAAAAACAAAACAAGAUAUUAUUUUACUAGCAAAUGAAAUUAUAUAUACAAAAUUGGCUUUUCAAGGUCUGGUAACCUUUGAAGCUGCUACAAACACUGUAGGCUAAAAUUUGUCUCCAUUAUUAAGAAAAUAUUUGUUUUUAAUUACUCCAAAAAAGGUGUUGAUUUGAUUUUUUUGUUCACUAACCAUUCAUUUUUAAUUAUUGCAUCAGUAAUAUUGCAGCCAUUGAUUGGCACACAUAUUUUUACAUUAAUAUAAUAAUCUGUUGCUCUUUGUUGUAUUAUGAAGCCUUCACCGGCUGAUAUUUUCUUUCUUGUGCUCUUGCAAGUCUGAUACUCACAAGGAAUGCUACAUGAUACCAAAUAUUGGUGAAAGUGAUUGUGGAAAAAUUAGCAUAUUGCAAGAACCAAGAUUUUGUUUGGUUUUAUUCUUUUAAAUAAAGGCUUAAUACCAGUA